UCUGUCAAAAUAGUAAAUAUCGCACCAUAAAUAAAGAGUUUUUCGUGUAUAUUAUAGUAUUUUCACAUUUAAUACUAAAAAAUCAAGUUUUAUAUACUUCAACAUCUUUUGCUAGAGAAUAAUCAACAAGAAAACAUUUUCUAACCUCAAAAUGGAUUUCAAAGGUAAAGUUGUAAUAAUAACAGGAGCAAGUUCCGGAAUAGGCGCUGAUUGUGCUCAACAUUUAUCUAAACUCGGUGCCGACUUAACAAUAACCGGUCGAAAUCUUGAAAACCUCAAAAAAGUCGCUGAGCAAUGCGAAGGCACACCCUUAAUCUUAAACGGAGAACUAACCGACGAAGCCUUCGUCAAGCAACUAAUAGACGAAACCAUAAAAAAAUACGGCAAACUCAAUGUCCUCAUCAACAAUGCCGGCAUGUUGGAAACAGGCACCAUCGAGACAACCAGUCUAGACCAGUACGACAGAAUCAUGAACGUUAACAUGAGAUCUGUGUACCAUUUGACAAUGUUAGCAGUGCCUCAUUUGAUCGAGACGAAGGGAAAUAUUGUGAAUGUCUCGAGUGUAAAUGGUAUACGUUCUUUUCCUGGUGUUUUGGCUUAUAAUAUAUCCAAAGCGGCUUUGGAUCAGUUUACAAGAUGCGUUGCUUUGGAACUGGCGCUUAAGCAAGUUCGUGUUAAUUCUGUUAACCCGGGGGUCAUUAUUACUGAGAUACAUAAACGGGGGGGAAUGGAUGAUGAAACUUAUAAAAAAUUCUUAGAACAUUGCAAAACUACUCACGCCUUAGGACGUCCAGGACAAGUAAGUGAAGUAUCCAAUGCCAUUGCGUUUCUUGCAAGCGAGCACAGCAGCUUUAUUACAGGUGCUUCGUUACCAGUUGAUGGAGGCAGACAUGCCAUGUGCCCACGAUGAAGUAUUAUAGAACAAAUAAUAUAAAUACUAUACAUUCUAUAAUAUACUACCUCCGCACUUCAAAUAGAUAUAAAUAAUUAUUAGUUGCU